AUGCCUGAUUCGCCCCCGUCGCCAAGCCAUGUCGUACUCGUCCGCCAGAACCGGACACGCACAGGAUCCUCCUUGCCGGCACGACCCUCCUCCAGACUGGGCAAGCGAUCAUCCCCUCCUCGUGACGACGGCUGCACCCCUGCGAGAACUGAGGCCACAGAGCACAGUACCUUUCUUCCGGUGCCAUUCUCAUCUGCUAUGGGGACGAGUAGGGCCGCUACGGUCGAGCAGCGCAUUGCAGCCCGUCCAGCUAGCCGUCUGACAGCCGGCGCAGCUAUCGAAGCUGCCCACAAGCGCUACCGCUCCUCAUCUCAAAUGGCCUUCUCAAGACCUUCACAAGGUGAUGCCAUGGACCCAUCGACACGGCGAGCGGUCUCAGGCAUUCCGCCGCCUUCUUCUUAUGCCGAGCGGCCACUUCAGCGCGCUCCGGGCCAGGCUUCAUCCUUGGGACGGCCGACAGCUUCUGCUGUCUCAUCCGCCAGUAUCACACGGACGCAGAACGAAGCCUCUGCGGCUCCAGCUAGGAUUCAGCAAAAGCACUUGCGACGACCGUCUUUGCAACCAUUGACUCACCAGCGGCAAGCGACGGUACGAUCUGUAUCGUCCAACAUCCUGCCACCAUCGAAGCCCGAUUUCACAUUCAGAAGCAGGCUCAGCGUGCAGCCCCUGGAGGGCAAUGCUAAGUCAGAUACCUUGGCUGGUCCUCGGCCAUUAUCCUCCGCCCAUGCGCAUGCACCUCAUAACGACGCGAGCAUCCGCUCGCACUUCACCCGAGUCGGUGUCGAUCAGACUCCAAGCAAGAGAGAUGCGUAUGUCAGUGGCAAGACAGAGCGUCUAUCGGCGGUUGCAUCUGCCUCAACGAAGCGCAAAGUCCUCGACACACCGGCUGCACGAGAGCGCGGCUAUCGACGACUGGGCCAUCUGAUGCUCCUGCCUGGUCGGCGCAGUAUGAGCAAUAGCGGUGCGGACUUCAUCGUAUAUCACAGUGAGGACACACCUGGCCGUUUCCAGAGCGCCAGAGGCGUGGAGUCGAGAGGCACUACACCCACGCAAAGAGACUUUGCCGACAAGGGCCCAGAGCGCUUCCCCACUGUCCCUUGCAGAAGCACAACAGGUCCAGAACAUGACUUCAUCCCUCCGACAAAAGGGGCUAGCAAAGUACCUCUGCCCGACCAGACAUGCAUGACCCUGGCUGCCCUGAGCGUCAAUGAGGACACACUACUCGUCAGUGAUGAUGCUAUCUUGGCCGAUCUAAGGGCGGAGGCUUCGCGUGUAGAUAUAGUUGAUGAUGGGAGACACGAUGGGGCUAGUGCAAGACCACCGCCAACGACAGGACCAUCCCUGCCCUGCUGCUACCAAAUCAGACCUUCUGAAGGCAGUGGCCAAGCGCUUGUUGCUGAACCCAGCGGCGGCUCGGAUAUCAGGUACAUCAGGGAGCAUGAGAGUGAUGCUCAUCUCGCAAUACUAGAGCUGCGAGAGAGAGUUGAUGAACUCACCAGAGCGCUGCAAGAGGAGAGGCUGUCUCAUGCCGCGGACGUAGCCCACCUGCAAGCGGCCGAGCGUGAGGUUGUAGAAGAGGUCAGGAAGAAGCAAGAGCAGGUGAAUGAGACAGCAAAGGCUAGACGGCGCCAAGAGGCAGAAGCGGAAUCACGAUUGGAGACACAGGUGAAGAGCUGGGAGAGGACGGCGGGCCGAGCUCUGGUGGCCGGAGCCGUGGCUGGGUACGAAGGUCUAAUGAAAGCUGCGGCAGUGGAGCUGGAUGUUGUCAAGAGUGAAAGGGAGAUGUGCCUCCUGCUGUUACGUAAUUUGAAGCUCUGCAGCAGCACGCUAAUGUGA